CUCUCGCAGUCGUUUCUCGGUCGUCUUGUAGUUCGGAUCGUGAAGUCAGAGAAGAAUCUCUUGUCUUCUCAAAGUAAUAUUUAUAUUGAAUUAUUAUUUUUAUCAAGAGAGAGAAAGAGAGAGAGAGAGAGAGAGAGAGAGAGAGAGAGCGAGCAAAGUGAUGCUAGAACGGCCACGUUCGCUGCACAUCAAGAUCUGUCGAAAUAUACAAAGAAUACUAAGAAUAUUUCUUGAGAAAACUACGAGAAAAGCGUAACGAAUAAUCAGUAGAGGAUAAACGCGAAAGCAGUUGUUGGAUAGUUAUUUGAAUUCUAAUUAUUAGAAGCAGAAUUUGAAUUUUGACGUUCUAAAGAGAAAGGGAAAAUAUAUAUAUAACAAGAAAGGCAAGAUCAAUAUAUAUUUAUGAAAAAGAAACAAAUAGGAAAAAUAUCAUUGCUAAUCAGUGUUCGUUUGUCGAAACUCUCGUAAAGAUAGAAACGCGUGUAAAACUGCGUCAGCAUCUGUAUUAUCACUGAGUGACGUGAAAUAAUGCGCAUAAAUCGUGGAAUUUAUCAGUAAAAAUAAUACUAUAUAACAUCAGAGAGAGGUAAUAAGUGAUUGUUGAAAGAAUUGCGCGCAAAUAAGCAGUUGUAGAGUGAAGAUUGACAUAUUUACGAUGAAGUCCAAAGCUGUUUGGUUAUUAAGAGUUAUUAUACCGUUUUUAUUUCUUGGGAAAUCCGCGAGCAUUGAAAAAUUAAAAAACAUAUAUUCAUGGAAGGCUUUGGAAUUUGCCUUCCCAAACGAAGAAGCGAGAGAACUUGCCAUACAAGAGGGUCGCUUCAUUCCCGGAGCACCGGUACCGAUCGAUGUCGAUUUUUAUUACAGAGCUAAGCUCGGAUCCGUCGUAUUUAUCUCGAUACCAAGAAUUCAAAACGGAGUUCCCGUCACCCUCGGUUACGUCACAAAUAAUGUCUCUACCGAGGGAAAUCCAAUAAUUGCACCUUAUCCGAAUUGGGAAUGGAACAGAUUGGGAUCCUGCGAAGCGAUCACUAGCGUAUUCAGAAUGCAGGUGGACUCAUGCGACAGAUUAUGGGUUCUCGACACCGGCAAGCUCGAAGAACGACAGAUCUGUCGUCCUCAAUUAUUAUCAUUCUCGCUGCGAACGAACAAGAUUCUGAGCCGGUACAAAUUCCCCAAGGAACAAUUCAAGGACGAUUCCCUGUUCGUGACACUCGCGGUCGACAUUCGUAACAGCGAGAAAUGUCGCGAUACCUUCGUCUACAUCGCCGAUGUGACUGGAUACGCGUUGCUAGUCUACGAUCAUCAAAAUUCCCACUCAUGGAGGAUCACUAACAAUCUAUUUUAUCCUUAUCCGCCCCACGGAACGUUCAACAUCAAGGGGGACACGUUUGAUUUAAUGGAUGGCAUUCUGGGACUCGCGCUGAGUCCCAUAAAACAGGACGGCGACAGAAUCUUGUAUUUCCACUCCUUGGCUAGCAGAGUCGAAAGUUGGGUACCCACUUCCAUUAUUAGAAACUAUAGCCUCUUCCAAGAACACUCCGACUCUGCGCCAAGGUCAUUCCGCCCAUUUGCUAUGGAAAGAUCAUCACAAUCGGCUGCUCAAGGCAUGGAUCAGAAUGGAAUUCUUUUCUUCGGUCUUUUAUCAGAUUUAGCUAUCGGAUGUUGGAACAGUAUAACUCAUCCCGAAUAUGGUGGUACCAAUACCGAAAUCGUUGUCGUCAAUCCCGACACUUUGCAAUUUCCGUCAGGACUAAAGAUUAUCACCGCGAAACACGGCCGUCAGGAGUUAUGGGUCCUCACGUCGUCGUUCCAGAAGUACAUGGUCGCGACCAUGAAUGCGAACGAGACUAAUUUCCGGAUACAGGCCGGCUACGUGGACGAGCUGAUCCGCGGUACCAAGUGUAAUGGUGGUUUUGAUCGCAAUCUCGCUUACGAGGCACACGUCAAAUGAAGAUUGUGGCACCGCGGGGAGUUCGACGAUUCGCGUUCUCACGCGGUGGCACCGUCCGUCCAGUGGCAUAAGUAUCCCGAUUUCUUCGCGGAUCAUCACUAUCACCAUCACCACCCACCACCGCCAUUCUAUCAAUCUCCGAGAUUCUUCGCUAGACCAUUUCCCACCCGCUGGAUCGCGAGAUCGAUCUAUCCUCGACCUCGAGUCGAGUACACCGUCAUUAUCGAUUACGAUUGAAGAACGCGCGACUACAUGUACCUAUCUUGAAGAACGAACACAGACCCGCCUUUAUAAAAGUUCUGUAGUUUUUUUUUGUGGAGCUUAUUAUCAGCUGGAUAAGCCAUCAAACUUUUACUGCUCGUGGUGCCAAUUAAGCUUGUUUGCUUAUUUAUCCCGGUUUGUAUUUAUUGGGAGCAACAUUAAUAAACGUUCUCUUAUUUUUAUUAAAAAUAGUAGACAGUAAGUAUCAAACUGUAUCAAGUGACAAGUGUGUUUUUAAUUUCUAUUGCAUAUCAUAUUUUGUAAUAAACCCAGUGUAAUAAACGAAUUACUAGACAAAAAGAAGUAUUUAUCGAUCACACUUAUUACAUAAUAAGAAUAAAAUAAAGCUAAUCAUGCAACGACAUGUGACUGUAUAUUAAAGCUUUGUAUUUAAUAAUUAUAAUUAUUAUAGCAAAUAAAAAUUUAUUUUAAAUUA